UUCAGUAGUGAUCUGUUAUAAAAAUGGACGAGAGUAAGGGCAGGUCAGAUCUGUUCGAGUUAAAAAGAGCUAAUACCAGUGAUGAGGAAGAUUCAGAUAGUUCAGUUGGUUCGUCUCGUCUUGGAUCACUUCACGAUCUGACAGAGUACCUGAGUACGAUGAAAAACUCGUGGCUGCAGUUUAUCAACCAUGGUAAUGAAAGUAUUUACGAUCUUAUGUCCGGUGCGGCUAUCUACAAGGUGCCAGCUACUUCAUGCCACAAAACAGAAAUGGAACUUUUGUUUGAGGAGCGCGAGGCUGAAGAGGUACUAGAAAACUUGGGCUUUGGAUACGAUCCUGGGACCGGUUUGCCAGAGAGAUUCAUCAAGCAUGAACAAGCGAAAGCAGGAAGAAAGUUUCACAUAACAGAUCUAGACGACCACUUCAACGCUGCUUUGCAGGAGGAGAAAGUACCCCCUCGAUACUUACAAGGGAAUCUGGAGAUAAGCCUUACUCCGAGAUUCAAGAAGAAAUCAUGACCUCUAUUAUUGUUCAGAAUAUACUCUGAGGAGUUAGGGAUAAGUUUGUGAGCGAAGG